GUGUUAAUUGUGAAAUCAAUUUUGAUGACUGUGCAAGUAACCCUUGUGUCCACGGAGUCUGUAUGGAUGGCAUUAAUCGUUACAGUUGUGUCUGCUCACCGGGAUUCACAGGGCAGAGAUGUAACAUUGACAUUGAUGAGUGUGCCUCCAAUCCCUGUCGCAAGGGUGCAACGUGCAUCAACGAUGUGAAUGGUUUCCGCUGUCUGUGCCCCGAGGGUCCCCAUCACCCCAGCUGCUACUCACAGGUGAACGAGUGCCUGAGCAGUCCCUGCAUCCACGGAAACUGUACCGGGGGCCUCAGUGGAUACAAGUGCCUCUGUGAUGCAGGCUGGGUGGGCCUCAACUGCGAAGUGGACAGAGAUGAAUGUCUCUCUAACCCAUGCCAGAAUGGAGGAACUUGUGACAAUCUGGUGAAUGGAUAUAGGUGUACUUGCAAGAAGGGCUUUAAAGGCUAUAACUGUCAGGUGAAUAUUGAUGAGUGUGCUUCAAAUCCGUGUCUGAACCAAGGAACCUGCUUUGAUGACAUAAGUGGCUAUACUUGCCACUGUGUGCUGCCAUACACAGGCAAGAAUUGUCAGACGGUGUUGGCUCCCUGUUCCCCAAACCCAUGUGAGAAUGCUGCUGUUUGCAAAGAGGCACCAAAUUUUGAGAGUUACACCUGCCUGUGUGCCCCUGGCUGGCAAGGUCAACGGUGUACAAUUGACAUUGAUGAGUGUGUCUCCAAGCCCUGCAUGAACCACGGUCUCUGCCAUAAUACCCAGGGCAGCUACAUGUGCGAGUGUCCUCCAGGCUUCAGUGGUAUGGACUGUGAGGAGGACAUGGAUGACUGCCUUGCCAAUCCUUGCCAGAAUGGAGGUUCCUGUGUAGAUGGAGUGAAUACUUUCUCCUGCCUGUGCCAUCCUGGCUUUAUUGGGGAUAAGUGUCAGACAGACAUGAAUGAGUGUCUGAGUGAACCCUGUAAGAAUGGAGGGACCUGCUCUGACUAUGUCAACAGUUACACUUGCAAGUGCCAGUCGGGAUUUGAUGGCGUCCACUGUGAGAACAACAUCGACGAGUGCACUGAGAGCUCCUGUUUCAAUGGUGGCACCUGUGUCGACGGGAUUAAUUCCUUCUCUUGCUUGUGCCCUAUGGGCUUCACUGGCCCCUUCUGCCUCCAUGAGAUCAAUGAAUGCAACUCUCAUCCAUGCCUAAAUGAAGGAAUAUGUGUUGACGGCCUGGGUACCUACCGCUGCACCUGCCCCUUGGGCUACACAGGGAAAAACUGUCAGACCCUGGUGAACCUCUGUAGUCGGUCUCCAUGUAAAAACAAAGGUACUUGCAUUCAGGAAAAAGCAGAGUCCCGGUGCCUGUGCCCAUCUGGAUGGGCUGGUGCUUACUGUGAUGUGCCCAAUGUGUCCUGUGAGGUGGCAGCCUUCCACAGAGGGGUGUCCACUGACCACCUGUGCCAGCACUCUGGCAUCUGCAUCAAUGCUGGCAAUUCUCAUCACUGCCAGUGCCCCCUGGGCUACACCGGGAGCUACUGUGAGGAGCAGCUUGAUGAGUGCUCGUCCAACCCCUGCCAGCACGGAGCCACCUGCAGGGACUUCAUCGGCGGGUACAGAUGUGAGUGUGUCCCAGGGUAUCAGGGCGUCAAUUGCGAGUAUGAAGUAGAUGAGUGCCAGAAUCAGCCAUGCCAGAACGGCGGCACCUGUGUCGACCUUGUGAACCACUUCAAGUGCUCCUGUCCACCAGGCACUCGAGGUAUGAAAAAGGACAUUAUCAGAGGAAAAAUCGGUGGCAGAUAUGGGUGCACCCCAUUGAUGCUGGCUUCUCUCCGAGGAGGCAGCUCAGAUAUGAGCGAUGAAGAUGAAGAUGGAGAGGACUCUUCUGCCAACAUCAUCACAGACUUGGUCUACCAGGGUGCCAGCCUGCAGGCCCAGACAGACCGGACCGGUGAGAUGGCACUGCACCUUGCAGCCCGCUACUCGAGGGCUGAUGCUGCCAAGCGUCUCCUGGAUGCAGGUGCGGACGCCAACGCGCAGGACAACAUGGGCCGCUGCCCUCUCCAUGCUGCAGUGGCAGCUGACGCCCAGGGGGUCUUCCAGAUUUUGAUCCGCAACCGAGUGACUGAUCUGGAUGCCAGGAUGAACGAUGGCACUACACCGCUGAUCCUGGCUGCCCGCCUAGCUGUGGAGGGAAUGGUGGCAGAACUGAUCAACUGCCAAGCAGAUGUGAAUGCAGUGGAUGACCAUGGGAAAUCCGCUCUUCACUGGGCAGCUGCUGUCAAUAACGUGGAGGCAACCCUUUUGCUGUUGAAAAAUGGGGCCAACCGAGACAUGCAAGACAACAAGGAAGAGACACCUCUGUUUCUUGCUGCCCGGGAGGGAAGCUAUGAAGCAGCCAAGAUCCUGUUAGACCAUUUUGCCAAUCGGGACAUCACAGACCACAUGGAUCGUCUUCCCCGGGAUGUGGCUCGGGACCGCAUGCACCAUGACAUUGUGCGCCUCCUGGAUGAGUACAAUGUGACGCCGAGCCCUCCAGGCACUGUGCUGACUUCUGCCCUCUCACCUGUGAUCUGUGGGCCCAACAGAUCUUUCCUCAGCCUAAAGCACACCCCAAUGGGCAAGAAGCCUAGGCGGCCCAAUACCAAGAGUACCAUGCCCACUAGCCUCCCUAACCUUGCCAAGGAGGCCAAGGAUGCCAAGGGUAGUAGGAGGAAGAAGUCUCUGAGUGACAAGGGUCAGCUGUCUGAGAGCUCAGUGACUUUAUCCCCUGUUGAUUCCUUAGAGUCUCCUCACACGUAUGUUUCUGACACCACAUCCUCUCCAAUGAUUACAUCCCCUGGAAUCUUACAGGCCUCGCCCAACCCUCUGUUGGCCACUGCUGCCCCCCCUGCCCCAGUCCAUGCACAGCAUGCACUGUCUUUCUCUAACCUGCAUGAAAUGCAGCCUUUGGCUCAUGGGGCCAGCACCGUGCUUCCCUCUGUGAGCCAGCUGCUAUCCCACCACCACAUUGUUCCCUCGGGCAGUAGCAGCGCAGGGAGCUUGAGUAGGCUCCAUCCUGUCACUGUUCCGGCAGAUUGGAUGAACCGCAUGGAAAUGAAUGAGACCCAGUACAAUGAGAUGUUUGGUAUGGUUCUGGCUCCAGCUGAGGGCACGCAUCCUGGCAUAGCUCCCCAGAGCAGGCCGCCUGAAGGGAAGCAUAUAACUACCCCUCGGGAGCCUUUGCCCCCCAUUGUGACUUUCCAGCUAAUCCCCAAAGGCAGUAUUGCCCAACCGGGAGGUACUCCCCAGCCUCAGUCCAACUGCCCUCCUCCUGUUGCAGGCCCCGUGCCCACCAUGUACCAGAUUCCAGAAAUGGCUCGUUUGCCCAAUAUGGCUUUCCCCACUGCCAUGAUGCCCCAGCAGGAUGGGCAGGUUGCUCAGACCAUUCUCCCAGCCUAUCAUCCUUUUCCAGCCUCUGUGGGCAAGUAUCCCACACCACCUUCACAGCAUAGUUAUGCUUCCUCAAAUGCUGCUGAGCGAACACCCAGCCACAGUGGUCACCUGCAGGGUGAGCAUCCUUACCUGACACCAUCCCCAGAGUCUCCUGACCAGUGGUCAAGUUCAUCACCCCAUUCUGCUUCUGACUGGUCAGAUGUGACCACCAGCCCUACCCCUGGGGGUGCUGGAGGAGGUCAGCGGGGACCUGGAACACACAUGUCUGAGCCACCACGCAGCAACAUGCAGGUUUAUGCAUGAAAGAGUCUGCCUCCAGUGUAGGAACAGAACUGCCUAUUGUAAAUGCUGCUGAGGAACAAAUGAAGGUCAUCCGGGAGAGAAAUGAAGAAAUCUCUGGAACCAGCUUCUGGAGGCAGGAGAAAGAAGAUGCUUUUAUCUUUUAGAUAAUGCAAGGGAAGCAAUUUUGUCAGCUGCACUGGGUAUCUGCAGGAUUUGGGGUUGGGGGAACAUGGCUCCUUUUAAUCUCUUACCCAACAAGCCAAGUUUGUGGAAAUGCAAAACGAAUAUAAGACUUGGGACCAUGUUUACUCUUUUCUAUUUGGAGAAAAGAAUGGAUGCCUGUCAUAGCCCAGACAUUCUUGCAGCUUGGACUGCAUUUUAAGCCCUGGGGGCUUCUGCCAUAUCCAUGAGAAGAUUCUACAGUAUGGUCCUUUUGGAAACUGUACCCUGGAAUUCUGCCUACGUUGACCUGUCUCAUUUUAUCUUCCUUGGAAAUUCUUUUGACUUCAUUUGGUGCUUUAAUUUUUGCACCUCUCUGGUUGUGCACCCGUGCCCCCAGCAUGUUAGAGUGCAAGACCUUUGUGCUUUUAGUCAUUCCUGCUCUGGAAAGCAACUUCAGCCUCCUUUCUCUUCUUUUCCCAGUGUCCCCAGGAGUAUCACAGGGUUUGCUUUGGUUAUGGUUCUCAGCAUACACCUUUCAAGUAUGUUUAUUUAGAAAACGAAUCUCUUGCAAUUUCCUACAUAAUAUCGUUCCUACAAGAGGAAGGGGAGCAAGAUAGUUUUCUUUGAACCCAUUCUGGGGACAGAAGACCCUUUCAAGAGACUGCAUGCAGGGUUUUACCUAACCCUUACCAGGAAGAAGGAUGAGAAUUGGCCUGUUUUUCCAUUUGUGGGCCUAGUCAGUGUGAAGUUUUAUCAUUGGCAGUGCAGGUACUGUGACCCCCCCUUAAAAAAAAAAAAAAAGAUUUGGAAUGUUGGAAUUACCAAGAGAUAAGCCAACUCAUGUGAGAAGUGGUUACCCACUAUCAAGUCCCUUUCCUUCCUGCCCAGCAUUCCACUGAUGGCCCGUGUGAAACACAUUUGUUCCCAGAUCUCAGAACCCCCAGCCCGCUUCACUCAUUCAUCCAGCAGGGGAAGCUAGCCUUAGCUGUUGAGCCUUUCCUUCCAGAUAUCUCCAUAGAAGAAGAUGCCUCAAAGGAUGCUCCCUCACCACGGAGAACUGAACUCUGCUCGGCUCAAGGGACCCCAUGACAGCUCUGUUCCUUUUGUGGGGGGGAUUGUAGUCUCCACCUCCUGAGUCUGUUUCUGACCGCACGCCUGCUCACCAGUCUUCCUUCCACACCGUGUGCUUGGAGUUACCCACGCACCCAAGUAGGUUCUUGCCAAACACACGGACUUGCUAUGUUCAAGCUCCAGAAACAGAAAGCUGGCCUGGUUUUGUAGGGCCCAAGCCAGCCCUAUAAGAAAGCUGGAACCAUGCGGCAGCCUUUGCUAUGUUUUUGCUACCAUUCCUUUUCCAUCAUGGCAGGUCAUGACAUUCCCUUUUAGGCCACUAACAUAGAAACUUACUAGGACAUUUUCCUUUCCCAGAGUCACCUUCUAGAUGAUUAUGGACAAUGAAAGAGUUACUCUCUUUAUCAUGCUCAUGCUCAGAUUGUGAUUAUAUUAUACUUGAGUCUGCUCUCUGUAUUUGUGGUCUUGGCACCUUCCGUGACCCUCUGUCGAGGGCAGAAGCAUUCUAGUCAAUACUAGAAAUAGGAGGAAAACAGUUUUCUUCCUCUUCUCCCUGAGUCAGCUAAUAGUUGGUCCUGUGACCACGCUGUCGUCUCUACCUGGUGCUAUGAUGUCAUGACACCUGGGAAAUUAGUUCUGCUGGGGCAUUUUGAAGAUAUUGACAGGUGAAUUUCCUACUCUGUUUUGGUUUGAAUGAUAAUCUUCGUUCCUGCCUUGGCUAGGAGUGCCCAUCAGAGCAUCCUGCUUAACCUGAUUUAUCUGUCUGUGGCCCCAUAUGGAACCCCUAUGUGUCUGUUAACCUGGCAGUCUACAAAUGUUCUGGGUUGGUUUUGUUUUUUUUUUUCAGUCCUGCCCAAGUUCAUUGAACCAACAAAAAUAAUUUGUUCUGCCCCAAUAUGAGCAGACUGUUCGUUCUGUAUUUUAUUCUCUCACAUGGCAACUCUACCAGCCCUUUCAUAGCGUGUAACAUUUUAUCUUCUGAAUGGUGACUGUCUACCUUGGACCCAUCGUUGAUUCACAAUGGGGAGAACCUCUCUGCAUGGACCACUAUGGACCCCACCACAUCUGCCCUUUCUUCAUCCUGUCUCAUCACCACUUCCUGAAAGUAUCAGCCUCUGACCCAACAGCUUGGCUCCUCUAUAGCUUCCUCCCUCCCCAACCACAGUGUCAGCCUAACUUGCUUGUUUCUCUUUCUUGGGAUCCUUUGGGUUUGGGGGAAGGGACUGGGAAAACUGCCAUUACAGACAACAGGCUUCAGCGAUGAAGGGGAAGACACUGCCUUUCAAGCAUUUAUCAAUCCCUUAGAUUUUAAGAACCCUUGAGUUGUAUAGUGCCUAAUAAAAGAGAAGGUGAGAUGGAGAAUCACUUUCUCAGUGGGGUUCUGAAUUAGAGACUAAGUUUUUAUAGGCCAUAUCUUUUAUGCCAUGUAUAGGUCACCCCCCCCCAUUUUUGGUUUAUUUUUAUUUUUAUAAAUUCUUCCUCUGACUCCUCUUCUGUCUGCCUUUGGGGAUAGAUUUUUCUGUUCAUUUCUUCUGUUUUGUGUUAAGCAUCAUUUUCUGACUUACAUGAUGGUGAGGGAGGGAAAGGUGUAAGGGAAAGAGAGAGUGAAAGACUUCGUUGUAAGCAGUCAGCCAUGAUGCUCAAGCCCAUUACACCAUCUUAUUAUUACGUUUGCUGGUACACAAUUCUUGCAUAGAAAAGAACCAAAGGUAUAAUGUUUUGUUGGCAGGCAGUUUGGAGAUUUUGGUUUUAACCAACACAUUGAAUGUAUGAUGACUAUUUGAGAGGACACAAUUAUAUGACCUGACGCUCCCACUUGUAACUGUUUGGUACUAUGGCUCCUUCCUUGUGUACAUUUCUCUUAAAAGUGAUAUUAUAUCUGUUUGUAUGAGAAACCCAGUAACUAAGAAAAAUGACUGCAUGUUCCUAACUAUGACAUAGUAAGGAAAAUGCACAAUGUUUUUACUUUUCAAAGUUUCAUUCUAAAGUAGUUAAGAUGAAAUUUAUAUGAAAGCAUUUUUAUCACAAAAUAAAAAAGAUUACAUGUCAA